AUGGAUAAUACUGAUCUUCUUCACGAAUCAUUUGAUUAUGAUCAUUUUUUUGGUGAAAAUACAGAUGAAUUUCAUACAAUGACAUGUGUUGAAUCAAUAAAUUCCACAAAUGAAAAUCUACUAGAUUUAAAUAAUAAUAAUAAUGAUACACAAAUUAAAAAUCGUACAACAGGCAAUAUUUUAAUGGGUACAGAUGUAAAUGAAUAUUUCAGCUCUGGGGUUAAUAUAAUCAAUGGUCAAGUGAUUAAAACUGAAAAUGUACCACAAUAUUACAAUGGUAAUACAAAUCAAUAUACUAGCAAUCCACAAACAUUAAAUUUUGACAAUAUUGUUUAUAAUACUACUAUUGUACCAAAUCAACCGGUAUAUAAUAUUCAACAAGUAAAUGUUCAAUCAAUAGAAAAACCAGUUUCAUCUCCACCACCUCCACCAAGAGUUUAUAAACCAUGUGUUGUUUGUGGAGAUAAAAGUUCAGGUUAUCAUUAUGGUGUUUCAAGCUGUGAAGGUUGCAAAGGUUUUUUUCGACGUAGUGUACAAAAAAAUAUGGCUUAUCAAUGUCAUAAAGAUCAAAAUUGUGAAAUAAAUAAAAUGACAAGAAAUCGAUGUCAAUAUUGUCGUUUUCAAAAAUGUUUUUCCGUUGGUAUGAGUAAAGAAGAAUUACGAAUAAUAAAUCAUGCAAAAAAAUUCUUAAAACCAAAUGAUGUAAAACCGACAAAUAAUCGUCAAAAAAAACGUUUAACAACUCCAGCAGUAGUAGUGCCAUCCAAUGAACCACCUGUCGUCGUUGUCGAACCAAAAAUAUCACCGAUUGAUGGUGAUAAAUUGAUUAAUAUUUGUGUUAAUUUACAUAAAUCAACAUUUAAUUUCAAACCUUCACAAGAAAUCGAUGAAAAACCAGAUCUUUGUUGGCAAAGAACGGAUGAAUUUAGUCAAAAGGGUAUUAUGCAAUGUAUACAAUUUUGUAUGCAAAUGCCAGGGAAUGAUGAAUUAUCCAUUCAAGAACGUGCACAUCUACUUAAAUUAGGUGUACAUGGUGUUGCAUUACUUCGUUUAGCUUAUCGUUAUGAACCAGAAGAAGAUAAAUUAUAUUUAUCAAAUGGUUUAACAGUUGAUGAAAAUAUUCUUAUGACACAAGGUUUUGGAUGUUAUGGACAUACAUUUUUUCAAUUUUGUCGAAUAUUUAGUCGAUUAGAAUUAACCAUUGAAGAAUUUGUACUUCUUUGUUCUAUUAUAUUUUUUAGUCAUGAUCGAAUUGAAGGUGAAACAACGAGAAAUAAAGUUGAACAAAUUCAAACACGUUAUUGUGAAACUGAAAGAUUAUAUAUAACAAAAAAUCGUGCUAAUGAUCAAGUACAUUUUUCAAAAUUACUUCUUCUUCUAUCAAAAUUAAGAGCAUUGGAUGCUUUGAUUGCUGAACGUCUACUUUGUUUACAAAUGAAUACGGAUGGACAAGUACAAAAAUGUAUUUUCGAAGUACUUCAUCGUGAAGCAACGAAUGUUGUUGUCGAUAUGGAAAUUGAUUUUCUUGAUGCUAUUGAUACAAAACCUGAUUAUAGUUGGGUUGAUUCUCCAUCAGAUAAACCAAAUUCAAAUUCUUUACCAACACAACCGAUAGUUAAUAAUAAUAAAUAA